AUGAUGUCUGCCGGCCUCGGUCGAGCCUUUUUAGAAGGACAAGGGCAGAAUCGUUAUCUGAUUCGAAUGACGCCGGUGUUGCUCGGACAGUUUGCGAGAGUGGCUGACGAGAGGUGGAAGGUGCGUCUGGGUGAGACCGAACAUGAGAGUAUGAUCAGUCUCAAACUCAGUCGCCUCCUUCUGAACGAUGACCGUACGAGGAUAAAGGAAAACGAGCAUGUGGGAACCGGUGGAGAGCUGAAGAACUACUAUAGGACAGGUAUAGCACGUGUCGUUGAAUGCCCGAAGUUGGAGGGCUGUGAUGGUGAAGCAACACGUCGGACUCGAACGAAUCCACCCACCAAAUAG